AUGACGCGCCACCAAGCCAACGACCGCAAGCAUGACGCGUUUGGCGACGGUACACCGUGCGAUGGCGCCGAGACGAGCCUCGAUAGCCUCGAUGCGGGCGACGUCGCGGCCCUCGAGACGACGAUCGCGCUUCGGAGCCAGCAGCGUCGGAAGAUCAAUUUCAACCCGUCCGAAGGCGAUGUGCACGAUCGCGAGCGAGAUCGGCCCUGGCGCGUGGCGAUCAAUGCCAAGAUCGCGGCGGCCAACGAGCGGGCGCAGGAAGAGCAGUGGGAGAAGCGUCGGUUCGGCCUUGCCAAGCAAGUGCACGAGGGACUCUUGCACAACUACAAUAUUUACGUGGGCAUCUCCGAAGUGAGCAAUGUGCUCAAGGUCGGGCAGGACCAGCGUCGGCGCGAGACCCAAGGCGACGUCGUCGAGCACAAGGACAUUGCCGCGUCUGCGAUUCUCGUCGCGGCCGAAAAGUACGACCUCGCACGCAUCGCUGUCUUGCUCGACAAGGUCCCCAAGAAACUCAGCGAUGGCAAAAAAUAA